GGGGAGUCGGGGGCGGGCAGCGGGUCGCUAGUGACGCGACGGAGGCCGGGGGCGGUGGGCCCCGAGGUGACGCGCGUGGGGCCCGCGCCGUCUCAGCCCACGUGUCCGGGAGAUUUAAAAGUUGGCGGCGCGCGGGGAGGUCCGCUUGGCCGCGGAGCCCCGGGAGCUGCGUGCAGAAGACACAGAGGCACUGCCAGGCUCCCGCGUGGAGUGCUGGCCCGGGCAGCGCAGAGUCCGAGCCCCGAGCCUCCCUCCAGAGCCGAGAUGCCGCAAGCAGCCAGCCGUCUUCGCCCCGCGGCCGCCCCGGGACAGGUGGCCGCCGCGUCCCGGACCCUGCUGCUGCUGCUGCUGCCGCUGCUCGCCUGCUACGUGGGCACCUGCCUAGGUGCCCCAGUAUUAUCUCAAGGAUUACAGCCUGAACAAGAACGACAGCUGUGGAAUGAGAUAGAUGACGCUUGUUCGGCCUGGCUGUCCCUUGAUUCUCAGCCUCAGGCAUCCAAUGCAUUGGAGGAGCUUUGCAUCACAAUUAUGGGAACUCUACCAAAGCCCCAGGAAACAGAUGAAAAAGAUAAUACCAAAAGGUUCUUAUUUCAUUAUUCAAAGACACGGAAGCUGGGCAAUUCAAAUGUUGUGUCAUCUGUCGUCCAUCCGCUACUGCAGCUUGUUCCUCAACUGCAUGAGAGAAGAAUGAAGAGGUUCAGACUGGACGAAGAAUUCCAAGGUCCUAUUGCAAGCCAAGUUCGAAGACAGUUUUUGUUCAGGCCACGCAAUGGAAGAAGAUCAGAAGGUUACAUUUAAAAUGGAUACCAACUAUUUUUCGCAGAAGCAGUACCAGGGAAUGCAAAAUGUUGACAUUUUGUUUUCUUCUCAGAAAAACUGCUUGCUAAACUUACCAUGUGUGAGAAUCCCUGUGUUGUAAACAUUCUCAAUAAAAGUUGGUUGAGAGUAUAAA